GAUUGUGACGAGACGUUCAACUACUGGGAACCGACUCAUUAUCUCAUCCACGGCACCGGCUUUCAGACGUGGGAAUACUCGCCCCUAUAUGCCAUCCGGUCGUACGCUUUCCUCUGGAUCUAUGCUUUGCCGGCAUUUCUCUACUCAUCUCUCAUUCAAACCAAUCAAUUGCUUGUCUUUUACUACACCCGAUGUAUUGCUGCCUUCUGUUGCGCGCUCGCAGAGACAUAUCUCUAUCGAGGGAUAUCACACCAAUUCGGGCCAUCGAUCGCCCGAUUGUUUCUCUUUUUUAUGGUUCUGUCGAACGGAAUGUUCAUCUCUUCGACGGCAUUCCUCCCGAGCUCUUUCUCCAUGUAUAUGACGGCCCUUACGUUCGGCGCAUGGCUUCGACAGAACCAUAAGAUUGUAAUCUUAACGCAAGCAAUAAGUGCUCUCAUCGGUUGGCCGUUCACCGCAUUACUCGGUCUUCCGAUUGCUAUCGAAAUGCUAAUCAAUAAGAAGAAACGAAUCUUUUUCGCCAAAUGGUCGGCAAUAAUCGGUGUCUCAGUUUUGUUGCCAUUAGUUCUGAUCGAUACGUAUUAUUACGGAAAGCUGGUGUUGGCUCCGGUCAAUAUAGUGCUGUAUAACGUGUUCAGUUCCCACGGCCCAGACCUCUAUGGGACAGAACCCUGGUUCUUCUACUUCACCAAUUGCUUUCUUAACUUCAAUCUCGUGUUUGUCGUGUCUUUAACAGCCCUUCCCGUUAUGUUGUUUUGCAAACUCUUUGUGAAAUCCAAACGAAAUAUCGUCAACUCUAGUCAUAUAAUAUGUUUGUCUUCACUACUCCUCUGGUUUGCCGUAUUCUUCAGUCAAUCCCAUAAAGAAGAGCGGUUUAUAUACCCGGCGUAUCCACUCAUCUGUCUGUCGGCCGCCUUUGCUAUAGAGAUGGUCCAGAAGGCACUGACGGCUAUUAUUCCCCGUUUGACUUACUUUUACUCAUCAUUAGUCUUA